CCUGUGUGCUAGUAAGAUGUUACGAAGUUUUAUUUGCUACUUCCUAUUUGCCGCAAUUAUCGCAUCCUUCCUGGUGCGACCGACUAUUCCUCUUGACCCUCGAAUCACAAGAGGUACGGUAACUGACAUAAAGCAGCAUCCUUAUCAAUUGAGCCUCCAGCGAGGUUCGCGGCACGCUUGUGGAGCCGUCAUCGUCGACAAUAAAUGGGUUCUUACGGCGGCUCAUUGCGUCAGUUUGUCGGCAAGCGUUUACAGACUUCACGCAGGAAGUAACGACAAAUACGAGGGAGGCACCUUUUAUCUAGUUAAAAAGAUCGUUCAACAUCCCGCCUACAAUUUCCUGACGAUCGAUUACGAUAUCGCCCUUCUCGAGAUCGAUGGCGAAAUCGUAUUUAACGAUAGGGUGCAGCCAGUGAAGCUUCCGAAAAAGAAACUCACGGAUGGUGUUAUGGUGAACGUUACCGGAUGGGGCGCGGUGCAGGAAGGUGGAAAAUUAUCACCAAUGUUAAUGACAGUAUCGCUUCCGAUUGUGAGCAAAAAAACGUGUCAAGGUAUAUACAAAUACAUCCACAGCAUCACCGAUCGAAUGAUCUGUGCGGGUUACAUGCAUGGCGGCCAAGAUGCAUGUGAAGGCGAUUCAGGCGGGCCUCUUACGGCGGAUGGUAUUCUGUACGGAAUUGUAUCCUGGGGAUACAAAUGCGAUGAACCGCUUUAUCCCGGUGUUUAUACAAAUGUUGUGGACCUUCUGUGGUGGAUCAGAUGGAUCAGUGUUUCCAUUCGCGAAUCAUUCUGUGACAGAAUCGUUUCAUACAAGAAUCAUUACUCGUGGUUAAUUAGUGUAAAAAAAAUGUUCCAAAAACUCAUCUUAUUAUUCUGCGUACUUUUAGCAGUUUUGGUAUACGCUGUUAAUACCGAAAAGCACGAAUAUGUGGUCAUCGAGGAUUAUCCGUACCAUGUAUCGAUCCAGAUAGCCGGACUACACGUUUGCAGCGGCGCGUUCAUACAUGAAUCGUGGAUUAUGACCGCGGCAUCCUGUGUUUUUAGUGCAAAAUCAUCAACAGUAUCCGUACGCGUGCGUUCUUCUUAUACCUCCACGGAUGGCGAUGUAUUAGAAAUAGACAAUAUUGUGGUGCACGAAAAUUUUGAUAAAUAUGUAUACCUCAACGAUAUAGCAUUGAUGAAGCUAAAGAGUCCUGCAGAGUUUGGAGAAAAGUUGCUUCCUGUCGCAUUGCCGGAAAAUGAAAAACUCCAGCAUGGAGCCCAUUGCGUCGUGACUGGCUGGAAACGAACUCAGGGGACCAACCCAAGCGGAGCUCUGCUCGCAGCGACCGCUGUGGCGAUCGUAAAUCAACGUACGUGCAAGGCGAUGAUGCCGAGCUACAAGCCGCUGUCUGAGGAUAUGUUGUGCGCUAAUGCGACUCGCUCGUCGGAAAGGUGUCAGGGUGAUCUAGGUGCGCCUCUAGUGUCGGAGCAGAUGCUGAUUGGCAUUCUAUCCUAUGGAUUAGGUUGCGAUACCAGGAUACAUCCUGAUGUCUAUACUCGUGUCAGCAGCUACUUACCUUGGAUCUUUACGAACACUGGCAUCUCUUAUAAAUAAAGCAGUAUACAUACGAUUAACAUUCGCUUGCACUUAAUUAUGUACAAAUUAUAACGUAUCGUACUUUUCUUAUUAAUAAAUUCUGCAAGUUGCCAUAAAUAUACUG